AUGGCGUUACUGGCGGGUCUACGAGAAGAGGAGCUGAAAAGAUUCUUGAGCGAGGAAGCCAAGAUUUUGACAGUGCGUCAUUUAGAACGAUUCCAGCUACAAAUUACAGCUGUUUCAAGAGCAGGAAAAAUCGUUCGUGGAGUGCUCGAUCAAAAAUCUCGGAUUACAAGAGAAUGGUUGCUUCGCGAGAAGUACGAGACUCCGUAUAUCGUUGAAUUGCCCAACGAUCAUCCAGUUGUCACCGAAAGUGUCAGAUAUAGCGUUUCAUUGCCACGUGGCAAACAACCAAUUGUAUUGAAAUACGAAAAUCAGACAGCGUCAACGUCUUCUGAAAUGAAACCAAAGGCCAAGAGAAUCCGAACGGCUGCUCAUCUUCUUGGAGAUAAAGAGGAUUAUUGUUGUAAAAAUUGCUUCAAACGUUUCACCAGAAAAUUCAACUUGGAACGGCACGAAAUCGAUUGCACACCACAACCAUUCGUCUACCAAUGUCCAGUAUGUCAUCGGAAAUACCACAAGAGUCGGUAUUAUGGGAAGCACAUUCUACAGCACGAAGCCGAAGAAAAUCAACAACAACGAGAGGCAAAAUCCAGAAGACUCGCCAUCGAGCAUUCGAGCAUGGAAGAAAUCCGAAAGAAGGCUGAAGAAUCCGUUAAUAAACUUUCGAUUCCAUAUGAGUUUGGUGCAUUUCUUUAG